AUGUCUCAAACAUUCUCCCCCGCCGACGUGGCCUCCCACAACUCCGCCGACAAGGGCAUGUACAUCAUCGUCGACACGGGUGUCUACGAUGUCACCAAGUUCGUCGACGAGCACCCCGGCGGCGCGAAGAUCCUGAAGCGCGUUGCGGGCAAGGAUGCCUCGAAGCAGUUUUGGAAGUACCACAAUGAAUCCGUGCUGAAGAAGUACUCCCCGAAGCUGAAGAUCGGCGAGGUCAAGGACGCCGCGAAGCUGUGA